UUGGUAGAUUUGCACUCCAGUAUGACAUAGGUUGUUUCAUGCUGUGUUUGUCAGGUCUCCAGUCAGCUCUCUCCUCCUCGGCUCCAUCCGUUGCCUCAUUAUGGCCGCUCCAACUUCAAGAAAUGACAAAAUGGUAGCAAUCAACAAGGUCUAUAACAAAGUGUCCUUGUGCUGUCAUUUUUUGCAUAACUAGCUAUGUGUGUGUGUGUAUUUAGUAUGCAGUAUUACACACUGCUGCCCUCCCACACCCCUGUGUAUGAGUUUCAGAGACAAGCCGGCCAGUCAUAACAGAAGAAAGACACCAACUACUCACAUCACACGACUAUACUGCCAAGAAACUCACUAAGGAUCAUCAACACGCCGUCUGUGGACAUCUGGUUCUUUGAUUACUAACUGAAAGCAUUAAACAAGAAAGGAUACCGAGGAGAAGAGGGGACUCCUCUCAGCAACUCAAUCACUGGACUGAAUGUCUGAGAAUAUACUCUGGGCAGCACUGGCUUUUGUCUACUGAGUGCUCACUACCCUCCUCAGGAGAAAGACAAGGAAAAAAACUGAGGUUUAUCUGAGAGACAUUUUUGUUGACCUUAAAGUUUCCUCAGCAACAAUGGCAUCAACUGGUCUUCAGCUGCUGGGCUUGGUCUUGGCUGUGCUGGGUUGGGUGUGCGGGGCGCUGGUGUGCGCAGCUCCUCUGUGGCGUGUGUCGGCCUUCGUGGGUGGAGAGCUGGUGAUUGCUCAGGUGCUGUGGGAGGGACUGUGGAUGAACUGUCUGUCUCAGACCACAGGCCAGAUCCAGUGCAAGACCUAUGACUCCACCCUGGCCCUGCCCAUGUCUGCCCAAGCCGCCCGAGGCCUCACUGUUCUCUCCCUGCUCCUCUGCCUUCUGGCCCUCAUGCUUGGGGUGGCCGGGGCCAAGUGCACUCACUGCAUGGAUGACGAUAACCAGGCCUCCAAAGCUCGGCUGGCGAGGAUAGCAGGGGUGCUCUUCCUCGUGGCUGGCUUGGCCUACAUGAUACCCAUCUGUUGGACUGCCCAUGCAAUCAUCAGGGACUUCUAUGAUCCGAACGUUGCGGCGCCUUUAAAGAGAGAGCUGGGGCCAGCGCUGUACCUGGGCUGGGGGGCCAGCUUGCUGCUCCUGGUGGGUGGCUCCCUCCUGCACGCAGGCUCCUCUCCACCAGGUGGAAGAACGCUGCCUAUUUUGGGAGGAGCAGCCAAAGACAACCCACAUACAGGGGCAGCAGGAGAGGUGAAGCAACAGGAAAAAUCUUUUGUAUGAGAUGAUUUCAUUGGACAUGUGAGGUACAAACAAGUACAGAGGUCACAAUCUCAUCAGACAACCUUCUGGAAACUACAAAGUCACCAUCGAUUAGAGGAUAUUCAGCAGAUAUUGUGUUUUAUAUCUUUCAGACUUUGUAUCUUUGUAUAUGCUUCUUCAAGUAAUAAUAUGGAUUUAAUUACACUUCAAUAAUUUUUUUUUUAGAUUUAUUAAUACAUUUACAUGAUAAACUACAUAGCAAAGGGUUUCUAAUAUAAUUUAUAUCAUUAUCAGAUUUCGGUCAGAGUGGGAGUUGACAUGAAUUGUGGGAGGAUUUAAAUGUUUAGAGGUUUAGUAAUGUGUGUGACUUACAUUUCUUAAAUUCCACUCUGCCUCUGCUUUUGUUUGUGUGUGUGGGUGGUCUGUGUACAGAAGACCAGUGUGCAUAGUAUAUCUUUGUGUGCUGGUAUGUUCACUGAAAACGCGUGGGCAGUCGGAGCGACGCUUGUUUAUUUACUUUUUACAAAUGUUUCUGAGUAUUUGGGGUUUUUAGCAAAUUUACUCUACAUUUUAUUUUUCCAUUUGGAUUUAUUUAUUCUUCUUCCUCUUGUUUAUAUUUAUUUUUACUCUGCAAUAUGUAUUUCUACUGUACCCUUUUAUUGAUAUCAGCUCAAACACCACUGUCCAAGUUUUAGAGCUUGUUUCUUUUGCCUACACUGGAUGAAUUAUGACUAAUGUUUAUGUAAUAUUAUCAUUUCUAGCAUGAGUAGUUUUGUUAUUUAAUUUAACGACAACCAUUUGUUGC